AUGAAUCGGUUUUUGGUCUGCCUGUUCCCAACUCUUCUCUUCUGGUCCACACCAAUAGUGACCGUUCUACCGUUGUUGGAAGCGCGCCCAGUGCAUGUGGCUCCCACAGAAAGUCAGCAGCACAAGAAUGAACACACAUCUGAUGCACCAGGAGAUCCAUACCCGACAGAUUUGGGAGUACUCCCGACAACAUCUGGGUCCGAAUAUCCCUGUGUUGGCGAUCUGGACUGCUUCAACAUCGGCAACGUCACAUCCGGUAACUCAUCGGUUACCGAGUCCACGAGCGAAUCCAAAUCUGACUCAAACAGCGAUCAUGAUGUUCCGAUGCAAGUCAUGGUGAUCAGCUCUAUCGUGCUGGGUCUCUACAGCAUUGUGGGCACGGUCGGCAAUGGACUGGUCAUCCUGGCCUUCUGCAUGUACAGACAGGUGCGGACGUCUGCUCACACGUUCAUCGUGAGCAUCAGCGUGAGUGACAUCCUCAUCACAGGCCUGCAGUACCCAACCGGGAUCGCUUCGAUGAUCAUCGGCGCUCCGUCCCUCGGCGAAGCCAUGUGCCCCAUCCUGGGCGCUACUCUCUUCUUCAGCAUCUAUGUCUCACUGUUUUCUGUGUUGUUGAUCGCCUUCAAUAGAUGCACACACAUCACAAAAUCACCAAACACGUACCAGUCCCUCUUUGCCCCGCUCAGGUCCUUCCUGUGGGUCGUGUUGUCGUGGGUUGUGAGCGCGCUGCUGGUAACGCCUGGGUUUCUAGGCUACGGCGAAUUCGGGUGGGGGGCUGAGCACAGAAAAUGCGGAAUGACAGACGGUAAUGCCUACAACAAACACUACGUGUCGAACAUCUACGCUCUGUCCUACCUGAUUGUGUUCUGUCUUGUUGCUGGGGUCUAUCUCAGGAUCUACUUCUAUGUGAAGGAUUCUGUGGUGACCAUGGCUGCAGCCAAUCUGAACCUCGCGAACCCCGAGCAGUAUGUCUCGGCUAGGGUGAUCAAACAGACGAAACACAUGUUCAUCAUCUUCACUGUCUUCACUGUCACGUCUGCCCCGUUUGUUCUGCUAGGCAGCAUCGAUAGCCAUCUGCCUUUCAUGCCACGUGAAGUGUCGUUUGUGCUGAUCGGUAUGUACUGUUUGAACCAUGUCCUCAACCCGUUUCUGUAUGCCUGGAAGCUCCCCGUGUUCAGACGCGCUUUCAAGGCCAUCAUCAGGUGCAAGCGGCACCUGCCGUUCCAGCCUGGGGCUGCAGCCAUCUAAGGCCCUGUUCAUAUGAAGCCGCCCGAACCGCAAUUCGGGUAACUCGCA